GAAUAUCGAAAAAUCGUUUAUUUUCAAUUAUUCAAAACAAUGAAAUCGAAAAUAUUCUCAACAAAAGAAAUGACCACUAAAAUUCAACUGAAAAUGAAAAUGUCAGCAAAUCGUCACCGGCCACCGGAUCCUUUUCAAAUUGAUGGACAACAACAUUUUUUUAGGGAUCCUUCGCCAUUACUGCCUAAGAAUAAUGUUGUUGAUGAUGUUGAUUGCUCAACCAAAUGCCAAAUUAAUAAUUCAGUGAGAAUGAGGAAAUCGUUUUCAUCAAGUUUGUCAUCACGUUCGUGUAUUAUACCCACUGUGAUCUCUUUGAGAAAUGAUUCCACUUCGAAGUGGACCAUGAUGAGGACCAUAAGCAAAGAUUAUCAUGAUAAUAGAAAUGAUAAUACUCAACAAUCAUCAAGGUUUCAUUGGCCAAUACGGUUGUUGUCAAUAUUGUUGAUCAUUAUAAUUGUGAUGAAUUUAUGUCCACCGAUCCUAAUGAUUAUGCCCACUGUGAGUGGUGUUUUAAUUGCCAACAGCAAUAAUCAUCAAUCGGUAACACCGGCCGGUUGUGAAUGGCGCCCGUUGCGUACAUCAUCACAUCAUCAUCAACAGCAGCAGCCAUCAACUGGCCAUUCCGCAAGUCAUUCGUCAAUGGAUGAUUCAUCAUCAUCACUAAGUCAUCUUUCGAUACAAGCUCAUUCUUCCACACACACCACUACGAUGGGCACUUUACCAUCAUCAUCAUCAUCCUCAUCAUCUUCGUCAUCAUCAUCAUCAUCAUCGUUAUCAUCGAUAAAUCAGCUAUUACAGUGCCAUUUUCGUACAUUGAAUGGUGCCCUCGAUUCUGGUGUCAAUCUAAGUCUAAUACCGGGUGAUCGUACACAUGCAUUACGAUUACAAUGUGAAGAUCUUCUAUUUCAAUCACAAUUACCGGAACGGGCAUUUCGUUCAUUACAUCAAUUACGUGAGCUUUAUAUAGAACGUUGUAAAUUAAGCGAGCUUCCGGCUGAUGUUUUCAUUGGUCUUCAAGAGCUACGUCAUCUUACCAUUCGUACCUAUAAUACUGAUUGGGGUGAUCUAAGUCUUCGUUUAUCAACGACAACAUCGUCAAUAUUUUCACCAAUUCGCAAUCUUGAAUCACUAGAUCUGAGUGAAAAUGGCCUAAGUCAGCUGCCACCCUCGAUUUUGUGUCCAUUAAAUCGUUUGCAAUAUGUCAACAUUUCGGCAAAUUCAUUUCAAGAUGUUGCAUCAUUAGGUUUUAGCGCUAAAUCUUCAUAUGAAGCAACAACAUCAUCGGUUCCGGUGACAACUGGUUCGAUGAAAAAUGAUUGUCGUCGGCUUGAUUCCAUAUUGAAUCUGGAUGCUAGCCACAAUCGAAUCAAAGUGUUGACCGAUCGAGGUUUUUCUCGUCUUCAUUAUCUUCAAGUGCUCAAUCUACGACAGAAUCUGAUUGCUCGUGCCGAAGAAACAUCAUUGGCUGGUCUGGCCGAAUUGAAUCGUCUGGAUUUAAGCAACAAUCAAUUGGUUGCAUUACCGGCCCGUUUCUUUCAAGCGGUCAAAACAACAUUAUCGGAACUAUAUCUGCAGAAUAAUUCCAUAUCGGUCAUACCACCAGGUUUAUUCUCCGGUCUAUCACAAGUGACUGUUCUUGAUCUAAGCAAUAAUGAAGUGACAUCUCAUUGGAUCGGACCGACAACAUUUGCCGACAUGUCUCGCCUAUUAUCGUUGGAUCUAUCGCAUAAUAAACUAUCGCGUGUAGAUGCGACUGUCUUUCGAGCACUGUAUACAUUGCAAUCAUUAUCGUUGAAGAAUAACAUAAUCGAAUCAUUAGCCGAAAAUGCUUUCAUCAGUAAUCGUAAUCUUCAUACACUAUCGUUGAGUGGAAAUCGGCUACAAACAUUGGAUGCAGCCAGUUUCACCGGUCUAGAAGUUUUGAACGCCUUAUUCUUGGACGAUAAUCGAUUACAUACUGUUCAUGCAUCAUCUUUUGCCAACAUUACCGGUCUUAUGGAGUUGAAUGUCGGCCGAAAUCGUUUGUCAACAGUACCGCAAGCUAUACAAACAUUACAUUCAUUACGAUCGCUAGAUUUAUCGCAUAAUCAAAUUCGUGAUAUUUCCAACAACGCUUCAUAUCGUGGCCUCGAACAACUAUAUAGUCUUAAUCUUGAGGGUAAUAUGAUUGGAAAUCUAAGUCGUGCAGAUUUCCUUGAUCUACCUUCACUUCGUGUGCUCAAUUUGGCCAACAAUUCAAUUCAAUCGGUAGAACAGGGAACGUUUGAUAACAUUCCGGAUUUACAUGCAUUACGUUUGGAUUCGAACAAAGUUGCCGACAUCAACGGUUUGUUUGUCAAUCUUCGUGAUCUUCUCAUGCUAAACAUUUCGGCAAAUCGCAUUCAAAUGUUCGAUUAUGCAAUGAUACCGGUCGGUCUACAAUGGCUCGAUCUACAUGAUAAUCUAAUUGAAAAUCUGGGCAAUUAUUUUGAAAUCGAAUCCGAAUUAAAAUUACGAACAUUAGAUGCAUCGCAUAAUCGAUUAGUAGAAAUCGAUUCAAAAUUGAUACCUGAUUCGAUCGAAUUGGUCAUGCUCAAUCGAAAUCUUAUUCGUAAAAUAGCACCGUUUACGUUCCUGAAGAAAGAUAAUCUUACUCGUGCCGAUCUCAGUGAUAAUCGAUUGACCACAUUAGAUUUGAAUGCAUUGCGUUUAAGUAAGCCACCUACACGACGACCAUCGCCCGAAUUUAUGAUUGCGGGCAAUCCAUUUGUUUGUGAUUGUAAUAUUGAAUGGUUACAACGUGCAGCAGCAUUAUCGACACCACCAUCAUUUCCAUCAUCAUUGAUAGGAACAGAUCCAUCUAGACAGUUACCGCGUGUAGUUGAUGCUCAUCAGAUUCAAUGUCGACUUGCAUUCGGUCGUGGUCAACAACCAAUGAUGACUACAUUAGCUGCAGCUCGUCAAUCUCAAUUUUUAUGUUCAUAUCGUUCGCAUUGUUUUGCAUUGUGUCAUUGUUGUGAAUUUGAUGCUUGUGAUUGUGAAAUGACAUGUCCGGACAAUUGUACCUGUUUCUAUGAUCAAUCCUGGAAUACGAACAUUGUGGAUUGUGGCCGUAAUGGUCAUUUUCUGGUGCCUACUCGUAUACCGAUGGAUGUUACCGAUCUAUAUCUUGAUGGCAACAACAUUGCCCAACUAAGUCCGCAUACAUUUAUUGGCCGUAAAAAUCUUCGUCAUCUUUAUCUGAAUGGAUCACACAUUCAUACCAUCAAUAAUCGAACAUUUAAUGGUCUAAAAUCAUUAUUGGUGUUAAAUCUUGCCGACAAUCAAUUGGAUACAUUAUACGGUUUCGAAUUCGAACGUCUUACCGAUUUGCGAGAACUAUAUCUCGAAAAUAAUAUCAUCUCGGUGAUCGCUAAUCGAACGUUCUCUGCAUUACGAUCACUGAGAACAUUACGACUGGACAAUAAUCGAAUUGUAGAAUUUGAAUUGUGGUCAAUGUUGUCAGCGUUACCAUCAUUACAGGAACUAUAUCUGGGCGGUAAUGCCUGGUCUUGUGAUUGUCAAUUUGUUGGUCAGAUGAUGGAAUGGUUGCCUUCGCGUCAAGAUAUAAUUCGUGAUAUUGCUCAUAUCCAUUGUCAAUAUAAUGAAACUUAUGCUCUUCCAUUGGGAGCGGUUGCCGCUGCCACCACUAUGGCCAAUCUUUAUCAAAUGAAUGAAAUCGAACAGGCUCGUGCCAACAUCUCAGCUGCAUGUUCACUGUACACAAAACGUGAAUCGAUCGCCGCAUCUUCAUCAUCGUCAUCAUCAUCCAGUGUCGGCAUCAACGGUGGUAGUAUUUCGGUGAAUGCAAAUGAAACUGCUAAUCAGAUUGAAAUGUUUCUACCGAUAUUGGCAUUGAUUGUGUUCUCAACAUUCGGCGUAUUGCUGUUGCUUGCUUCAAUCGUAACAGCCGUUCUUUAUCGUCAUGAGAUUUCUGUAUGGUUCUAUGCACGAACCGGUAUUCGACUGGCCGGUGGUUCAGGUGGCGGUUCCAACGGUAAAGGUAGUCACGGAAGACGUGGCCGGCAUGGUCGCGGUGGCCGUCAUGGUCGUCAUUCAGAUCCCUAUGAUGCUGAUUCUGGUGAAAAAUUGUUCGACGCAUUUGUAUCGUAUUCGAAAAAAGAUGAACAAUUUGUUCAACAAAUGCUUGCACCGGAAUUAGAAUAUGGAACUACACCAAUGCGUUUGUGUUUACAUUAUCGUGAUCUUCCUGUUGCAUCGGGUUUUGUUGCCGAUGCAAUCAUCGAAGCUAUGGCUGCUAGCCGGCGUACUAUUCUUGUCAUUUCAGAACAUUUUCUUCGAGGUGAAUGGCAACAUUUUGAAUUCAAAACAGCUCAUCAAGAAGCAUUACGUUCCCGUGCUCGACAUAAGUUGAUACUCAUUUUCGUCGGACCUGUCGCCGGUAAAGAUUUGGAUCCGGAUAUUCGUGUUUGGCUUAAAACUACUGGCAAUACAUGUCUUCAAUGGGGUGAGAAAAUGUUUUGGGAAAAACUUCGCUAUGCAAUGCCUGAAAUACCAACAGCUAGUUCGGGCGGUGGAUCCACAGUAAAUUCAUCGUCAUCAUCGACGACCAGUUCACUGUAUGGUCGAAAAACCUUACAAUUAAGUAGUAAUAAUUGUAAUAAGAAUUCUACAUUGCCAUUGAGUGUGAGCAACAAUCAACAAAUGAUGAACAGUAAUCUUCGCAACUUAGAUAGCUAUCAACAUCAUCAUCAAUUGCUUGGUGCACAACAAUUACAUCAUCCAUUGUUGGGCAGCGCACAGACAACUACCACAUUAGGUCGGCAACAAUUAUCGUAUGGUCAUUCACCGAUGAUGGAUCAACCAUCAUCGAUGGUAUGUGCUCAUCCAUUAUAUUCACCAUCAUCGAUUCAUAGUCAACAAUCAACAUAUGCCUAUCCUACCUAUCAUCCGACCGGUAUUCCUCCGCCAAAUGUUGCACCACCAUUACCACCAAAUCAAUUGAUGAAUGGUAUAUCCCAAUCAACACCGCCCCCAUUACCACCAUCACAUCCAUUGCACCAACGAUUAUUUCAUAAUCAUUCUAAUGGAUCUGGUUCUGGUAUAUCGACCAGUGUUACAACUAUGGAAUCAUCAUCCGGAUCUGGUGCUUCAGGUCCGCCAUCAUCACUACAUCAUCAACAACAGCAACCACCAUCACUACCAGCAACUUCGACAUCGGCCACAGUCAAUAUUGGCCAUCAUUUUCAUCAGGGAUCAACAUCAUCAACAUCAGGUCGUCAUCAUCAUAUGAAUCAUCUGAAUCAACAACAAUCGGCCAGUCAAAAUUCAAAUGAUUCAAGUUUGAUACUCACAUCGAACGGUUCGGAUAUAUCCGGUCAAUCAACAAUGCCAUUUGUACCAUCAGCAACAUCGACAACGGCUGUUGCUGUUCAUAUUUGACCAAGUAAACUGAACUGAACAAAAUUGCUCACUUUUUGCCUCAUCAAUUCGUAUAGCAAUAAAAAGAAUGUUUUAUACUCUAAUACAUAAUUGUAGAUUUUCCCCCUUUUUCAAUUUUUUCCUCUUACCCAAAAAUAAUAAUUGUAAAUAUUCAAUUCUGAUGACCAUGAAUGGUGAUAUCUCCUUUAUAGAAAAUAAGAUAAGCUUAGCAGUUUUUCAAAAAAUCUGUUUCAAAUUGUUUGGUGGUAGAUUCGAAUACUACCGGACAAAAUUGUUAAUCAUAAACCAAAAUGUA